CAGCUUCUAGAAAACAAGGCACAAACAUUACGUAUUCCCUAACAUCAUAUUCAUAUUCCUCCCCUUUUAAGCUCUCUUCUUUCCCCUCUCCACAAAACAUUCCCUCAUUUCUUCGUACCCUCCUUUUCAAUUUCUUCCUCACCAAGCCAAAAAUCUUGACUUUCUCCCACUUGAAAAAAAAAAACACCAACCCAAAAUAAAUAAAUAACAGACAAUCCCACAUUUUAGGAAAUCAAAUUGCACAAUAUUUUUCAUUCAAAAAUCGGCUAUCUAGGAGAGAAGAAACAGGGAAAGUGAUGAAAGAAGAAUCAAUUGUGCCAAUUUUGGAAUUAAAUCAAUUGAAAGUUUUUGGCCCAGUUGGAAGAGGAGCAAAAGGCGUGGUUUUUCACGUUAAAAUUGAUGGUUUAGACGAAGAUUUGGCAUUAAAAGUGGUGUUGAAAUCUGCCAUUAAAAGCAAAAGGGUGAAUCAGAGUAAUGGGGUUGAAGUGCAAAACAGAAUAUUUUUUGAACAACAAGUUUUAAAGGAAUUUGAUCACCCACUUUUGCCUAAACUUAAAGGAGUUCUUGAAACAGAAAAUGUUUUUGGGUAUGCAAUUGAUUAUUGCACAGGUGGUAGUCUUAAUUUAUUGAGGAAGCAACAAGUUGAAAAGAUGUUCUCCGAUGAUAUUAUCAGGUUUUAUGGGGCUGAGAUGGUUUUGGCAUUGGAGUAUUUGCAUAAAAAAGGAAUAGUGUAUAGAGAUUUAAAGCCAGAAAAUAUGUUAAUUCAAGAAAAUGGGCAUUUAAUGCUAGUGGAUUUUGAUCUCUCAACCAAACUCGUUCCGAAAUCACCGAAGCGGCCGAGUCACGACUCAUUGAAGAAACCCGAGUUAGAAAGGAAAAGAUCCCAUUUACCCAGAUUAUAUUCCUUUUACAAAUGCAGUAAAUCUGGGAUUUCAGCGGAAGAUUCGGUGUAUUCGAGUAAAACAGGGGACGAGUCGGGCAACUCGUCCGAGUCAGACUCGGUCGGGAAGUCCAACUCGUUUGUUGGGACUGAGGAAUACGUGGCACCAGAGAUCAUUCAAGGGAACGGUCACGAUUUCGCCGUAGAUUGGUGGAGCUUUGGUGUCGUUUUACAUGAAAUGUUGUAUGGAACGACACCGUUUAGAGGGGCAAAUAGGAAAGAAACUUUUUAUAGAAUAUUAUCAAAGUCACCUGAGUUGGUUGGUGAAACGACGCCGUUGAGAGAUUUGAUUAGGAAAUUACUUGAGAAAGAUCCAAAGCAGAGAAUAUCAUUAGAGGGAAUCAAGGGCCACAAUUUUUUCAAGGGGGUAGAUUGGGAUAUGAUCGUACGGCUAGAAAGGCCUCCUUUUAUUCCUUUAGAGAAAGAGGUGGAAGAGGAGGGUAUAGAUGGAAUAAAAGCAAUUGAUGUGGAGUCUGUUAUUUAUGGAAUAUUUAAAAAAGAAGAGGUGCUUAAAAAUAUUAGUGAAAGUAAUAAGAAAUUUGAGGGAAAUGAAAAUUGUAAGAAUAGUAGUAGUAAAAUGCAUGAAGAAAGCAUAAAAAAGGUAUGUGGGUUGCAACAACCUUCUAUGUUAGGUAAUUUUUUGGUCUUCUAACUAGCAUAUUCUUUGCUUGUUAACACCAUGGAACCUUUUUGUAUGAUCCAUUCAUUGUGUUAGAAAUUCAAUUAAUCAUUGUUUUGUAAAAGAGAAAUAAACAAAACCAAAAAUAUAAGUUUAUUUUUCA